AUAAUGUUAACAAAUAUAAAUGCGUUCGUUUCUGAUAAGAAACACUUAAUAUAGGGUGAGGCAUUACAGCGAAACAGACAGACACCGUUAUGAAGACUACGAUUAAUGUUAUUUUCGUAUUCGCUUUACUGCAGCAAGCAUUUUCGCAAUGCCUGCCAGCAGCCCCAUACUGCCUGUCUCCACCAGCGUUAGACCUGCUUCUCCCGCCUCUAGCCUUGCCCUUGCCAUUAACGGCUCUACCAGCAACUCUUCCCUGCCCGGCAACAGACCUGCCUUUGUUAGCUCCAGUACUAGCGUCCACACUCUCAGCAUCCCUGGCGGCUACUCUACCACCGUUACUAGAAGCAGCACUGCCGACUGUUUUGACGUCAGCUUUGGCGGCAGCAGGGCCAUUGUUGGGAGCUUUACAGUGCGGACCGCUGCCAGCGUUGCCGUGUGGUCUCCCGGGGCCAGUAGCGUACGCCGCCCCUGCCUGUGCCCCUGCAUGUGCCUGCGCUGCGCCAGCACCGAUCUCCUGUUCUUACGCUUCCCCUCUCCCUACUUGCACUUGCCCUGCCCCUGCCCCUGCUCCUUUGUACUACGCAGCACCAGCCCCACCCACAUGUUUAUGUUUUUAAAUCCCAAUAUAUAAUACGUUGGAAAAUAAUUAGUUUAUGGUUAUUUUUUUUUUUGUUUAUUACAGAAUUGUUUUGUAAUUAAU